UUUUCUCAGUAUUAUGUCAGGGGACUUAUGAACUUGCAGAUGCGCAUUUGGCUGCGUUGAUGGCUAUUGGGCUAGUAUAUAAACAUUAGAAAUAUUCAAUCUGUUCAUGAAUAUAGGUUAAUUUGAGAUGUCAUAGUUUAACUUCUGAACUUGAGUGUAUAUUUGGAUGUUUAACCCUAGGAUGCCUAACGUUUUACUUCUGAGUGAGGGCGUGCUGGGGAAGUUUGACACAAUCUUUCUUAUGUCUGCAGUGUUAGGCUGUUUAAAGGUAUAUUAGGAUCUAUUUACAUGACGGAGUUCCUCAUGUCUUGCACUGCCGCGCAAUAUUUUAUCCGGGCAGAUUAUUAUACGGAUUGCCUUUAAUUGGCGAGCACAUCCUAUUUCCAGUAUUGAUUGCAUUUUCCUAUGUUUGCAUAGUCGAUUUAUUACUGAACUAUUAUCACGUUUUCGCCCGCUUUGCAGAGCCAGACUAGUGUAGUGUUAGGUGCUUGUUACAGUAGCCUGCUCAUCUGCUAAUGCUAAACUUAUAGUGUGUAAGUGAAGGCCACGCGUAAAAAUACAGCAUGAGUCCUAGAAGGAAACAAGAUCUCACCAAUCUGGCUCAUAGGUAACAUUUCAGAUAUAAAUAACGUGUUUCUCUCGUGUGUCAGUAGCGUUGAACGCUAAAGGGAAAAUAAGGUGUGCUGUGCUCGUAUCGCGGAACAGGAAACCUGCGGGUCGACUGGCCACAGAUAUCUGCUCCGGGACGGAAUGUGCUCAAAGCCAAACACACUGGUGGCAUACUGCUUCGAACAACACCGGGCAGAAAGCCGCAGAUCCGCUCGAUCGAUUGAUCUCUGGACACUGACAGCCCGAUCAUUACCAGCCUUAUAAUAAUGUAUAAUAAUGUACACACGGGGAUUCUCAAGUUCAAAGCAACGUCGAGUUUUCCCUUCGUAGGAAAACAUGUUAUCGUUUGAGUUGUGCAGCUGUGGGCGCCCUGAGAAAAUGAUUGCGACGGCAUGGCCACCACAGCUGAUGGCUGCAUACAGUUCACACGGCAUGCGGGAGACGUCCUCCUCAACCUCAACCGCCUCCGCAUCCGCAACAUCCUGACAGACGUCACCAUCCAGGUGGACGGACAGCGCUUCAGCACGCACAAGACCAUCCUGGUGGCAUGCAGUGGGCUCUUCUACUCUAUCUUCAUGGACCCUGAGAAGGCGGACCUCAGUGUGGUCACCUUGGACCACAAAGUGGACCCCACGGGCUUCUCCAUCCUGCUCGACUUCAUGUACACGUCCAGCAUCAACCUGAAUGAGGACCUAGUGGAGGCCACCAUGAGCACAGCCCUCUACCUCCAGAUGGAGCAUGUGGUGGACACCUGCCAGAGGUUCAUCGAGUCCAGGAAACUGCGGAGUUCUCUGAAGCUGCAGUUUGACGGCGAGCCGGGCGGCUCUGGCGGUCUGUCGGCCGAGGAGGUCUGGGCACUGCGGCCCCUCGGCGAGACGGAGACCAACCUGCGCUCCAGCCACACGGUGUCCCCCCCGCAGGGCUCGGCCGCCGCCGCCUACGCCCCGAGCGUGGUCAGCGGCAUCAACACCUCGGGCUCGUACCACGUCUACCCCGCGCCACCCCGCGCCGCCGCCGCCGUCCUGGGCCGGCAGCAGCAGCAGGCGGAGGCGCGCCUCCUCAGCGGCCUCCCGAGGGAGGGGGUCUCGUCGUCCCAGACGCCCUGCCCCUCCUCGCCGCCCGGCGCCAACGUCCCCGUGGCCCCGCCCACGCCCAGCUCCACCCACCACGGCGAGGCCAGCCUGAGGAGGAGCGCGGCGGUGGCCAAGGAGGAGCCCGGCGCGGUCCAGUGCCCGCUGGCGCCGCCCACUCCGGGCUUCGGGAAGGGCGUGAUCUGCAGCCCGCAGAGCCCGCUGCGCUCCGACGGCCACCCCAACUCCCCCACCGAGUCCAGCAGCAGCAGGAACGCCAGCCUCGGCCUCCAGAGGCCCUCGGCGGGCGGGGAGGACACCGCCGCCGCCACCAAGGCCCGCAACUGGAAGAAGUACCGCUUCAUCGUCAUGAACCAGGCGGCCGACGGCGCCGAGCGCGGGGCCCAGGGCCCCGGCGGCGGAGAGUUCUUCGGGACGUCGUCGAGCCCCUACCAGAGCGGGCGGUCGGACACCAGCGGCGAGGGGCCGGCCGGAGAGGCGGGGCCAGAUGACCGGGGGUUCCCCGUGUCGCCCAUGGCUCGCCGCGCUGACAGCAGCUGCCGGGACAGCAGCCACCUGAGAUGCUCGUCGUGUGGUUGUGACAGCCCCCAGGGGGUCGGGGACAUGGAGCCCUACUCCCCCGGCUCCUCCAGCAGUGAGGACACCAACAAGGCCCUCUCUGAGAACUACCACUCCAGCUCUGAAAGCCACACGUUCUUCUGCAACGAGUGUGACUCCAAGUUCACCGAGGCGGACUCCCUGAAGAGCCACAUGCUCCAGGACCACAGUGACAAGCCCUACAGGUGUGACUGCUGCCAGGCCGCCUUCCGCUACAAGGGCAACCUGGCCAGCCACAAGACGGUCCACACUGGGGCCAAACCGUACCACUGCAACAUCUGUGGUGCGCAGUUCAACCGGCCAGCCAACCUGAAGACCCACACGCGUAUCCACUCAGGAGAGAAGCCGUACAAGUGUGAGACCUGCGGCUCACGCUUCGUACAAGUGGCCCACCUCCGCGCUCAUGUGCUGAUCCACACCGGGGAGAAGCCGUACCCCUGUGUGAUCUGUGGCACCCACUUCCGCCACCUCCAGACACUCAAGAGCCACAUGCGCAUCCACACGGGCGAAAAACCCUACCAUUGUGAGAAAUGUGACCUCCACUUCAGACACAAGAGCCAGCUGAGGCUCCACCUGAGGCAGAAACACGGGGCGGUCACCAACACCAAGGCCCCCUACCGCCGCGCCCCCUCUGCCCUCGGGGUCUCUGCCUCCUCCUGAUCCCCGUUACCCCCUGCCCCCUGGAAGAUGUUCUAACAAAACGGUGGUCUUAGUAUUCUACAACUGUGUUGUAUUUUCUCUUAAAUGUGAACAAGGUGUUUAAAAAAAAAAAAAAAAAGGCAACCAUAUAUCCUAUGUUUGCCUUUGUUAAAGAAA